AUGCGAGUCGGCUGCAUCGGCUGCUAUGUGCUGCGAGCAGCCGUCAUGAUUGUGUACCGACCGGAUCAGCACAAAGCUUCGGAACAAGGAUACCGUGGUUCGAUCCGCAUUCAAUGCACGCACCACAAAAUGGCUCUCACGGUUCGGCACCUCUGCGGACAAGCGCAAUAUCACUUUUGGUCCCAAAAGAUAGCGUCGACGGAAGAAGUUCAUGUCGCACCACGCAAACUGCAGCUCCUCGUCAUGUCACAACUCCGCUCCCUCGCAGCUCUAACAGCGGCGCACCGAACCAACUUUUCCAGUAAAGCGCACGAUUACGUCGUCAUUGCAAUUCAAAACUUUAAAGAGAGACUUCGAACGACAAAUCAAAGCAAAUUCAACGCGCAUUUUCUCGCCGAAGCCGACUCCAAAUUGCAUGGAACUCAUUCAAAAAUAAAGCUUUCAGCCAAUGACGGAAUGAUAUCCACCUUGAAACCGAGAACAAAGCGUCGGAGAUUGGCUCGCAAGGCGGCACUUGGCUUGACUGGCUUCACAGCCUUGACAUUGACAGAAUCUCGUACAACCGCCGACGUCAGAGAGGGAGACCGACAGUCACCAACUGCAUCUAGCCAGCCAAGAUAA